AUGAGCCGAUCGAAGAACAGCCGACGAGGAAACCCCAAGCGCAGGAACUACUGCUGCGAAUGGUGCAGCCACGGAGGCACGGAGGUGUGGAGGAGCGUGCGCGCCGCUCGACGGGGACAGCUCUCGAACCACAACGCCGUGGUCCAGAUUGACGACCUCUGGCUGACUCGCGUGGAGGUGCAGAAGGCCAAGUCGAAGGUCCGAUGGCUGCGACCCCUGGACUGA